GCUACAUGGCUGCACCUGUCGUCCGCAUCUCGUCGCCGGGCCAAGUGCCGCCGACGACGGCCAACAACCGCUACGCGCGCCUGAUUCCCUCGCAGAGCAUCGCCACCGUCGACUCGUUCACCCUCGAGAGCGGCGUCACCCUCGAAAAUGUCCCUGUCGGCUUCCGCACCUGGGGCAAGCUGAACGACAGCAAGGACAACGUCAUGGUCAUCUGCCACGCCCUGACCGGCAGCAGCGACGUCGAGGACUGGUGGGGCCCGCUGCUCGGCCAGUCGCACGCGUUCGACCCGACUCGGUACUUCAUCUUCUGCGCCAACGUCAUGGGUUCGCCGUACGGCACUGCGUCGCCCGUCACCGUCAACCCGGCUCGCGACGACGGCGGGUGGUGGGGGCCCGAGUUCCCUCGCACGACCGUGCGCGACGAUGUGCGCCUGCACAAGCUCCUCCUCGACCACCUCGGCGUGUCGACCGUCGCCGCCGUCAUCGGCGGGUCCAUGGGCGGCAUGGCCGUCCUCGAGUGGCCCCUCACGUCGCCGCCGGGCUACAUCCGCAACAUCUGCCCGAUCGCCACCUCGGCGCGACACAGCGCGUGGGGCAUCUCGUGGGGCGAGGCGCAGCGCCAGUCGAUCUACUCGGACCCGGACUACCAGUCGGGCUGGUACGCGCCCGACGGCGAGGGCCCAAAGCGCGGCCUGUCGGCGGCGCGCAUGGCCGCGCUCUUGACGUACCGCUCGCGCGACUCGUUCGAGAGCCGGUUCGGGCGCAAGGAGGUCGACUCGGACAGCGAGUCGGCACGAGGAGGAGGAGGGGCGGCCAAGAAGAAGAUGGGUGCGGCGCUCGGGCGCGGCAAGGUGACGGACUCGCUCGGCCUGCCCCGAACGGCCGCCGAGCGAGCCGAGGCGGUCCACAACGACGGGCACCAGCCGUUCGCCGGCGCGUCUCGACCGGCGUCGCCGCCCCUGUCGUCGAGCAACAAGGACCUCCCCCUGACGCCCAACGGCGACCCUCUCCCUCCUCCCUCGGCACCGCCCAUCUUCUCGGCCCAGUCAUACCUGCGCUACCAGGGCGACAAGUUCGUCUCGCGGUUCGACGCCAACUGCUACAUCCACCUCACGCGCAAGAUGGACGCGCACGACGUCGGCCGCGACCGCCCUUCCUCGCCGACCCCUCUUUCGGCCGUCCCUCGAGGCGCGCUCGUCAUCGCCAUCUCGACCGACGGCCUGUUCACCCUCACCGAGCAGCGCGAGCUCGCGGCGGCGCUCCCCGACGCCGACCUCGUCGUCGUCGACUCGCCCGACGGCCACGACGGGUUCCUGCUCGAGUUUGAGCAGAUCAACGAGCACGUCCUCCAGUGGCUCCACGCGCGCCUGCCGGACAUCUACGAGGGCGAGCCGCUCGUGCAGCCGGGCGAGGGCGAGGGCGACAAGGGGUUCGAGGUCAAGAAGGCGAGCCUGUUCGGCGAGGCCGAGGGCGACGACAAGGACAUCACGAGGUGGUAGAGAGGGAGACGCAGAGCGCACUCGUUCUCCUGCACGCAUUCAACAUCGCACCAGCAUCUUUCC